AUGACGGAUGUAUCGACCCGGCCUAACAGUACCGUCUAUGUCGGCGGCCUAGACACCAAGCUUGUCACAGCCGCCACCCUCUCAGAGACUUUCAUCCCGUUUGGCGAGAUCGCCAACAUUUCGCUUCCCAAGCCCGAAGCGCCAUCAUCUACGGACGUGCAUCGAGGAUUCGGCUAUGUCGAAUUCGAGGAGGCCACUGACGCUAAGGCGGCGGUCGACAAUAUGGACCAGAGUGAACUUUUUGGACGGGUCAUAAAGGUUGCCAUGGCGAAACCUGACAGACGCGAGACGAACGAGCCGAGUCUAGCCAGUACGACAGCUGUCUGGGAGCAGGAGGGCUACCUUUCGAAGUAUGGACAGGAGGACCGGACAGCAAUGCAGCUCGAUGCGAACGAGAAGACGGAUGAUCCUAUGCAGGCACUGGAAGACCUCGAUGUGGCAGGACCGAAGCCGGUGUGA